GUCAGAAUCGCUAAAAUAUUAUCCUUAUUGGAUAGGUUGUGGGAUGAUAUCAUAGAGUAUGAAGGGGUAGAUACCGGGAGUAAUGAGCCAGUAGAUAAAAACAAGGUUUGAUUUGAUAUGCCUGAUCCAGAGACUCAAGUUCAGAGUGAAAAAGUAGAUCAAAGCAUGAUUUGAAGUAGUGUUUCUUAAAUUUACAUAUCAGGAAUUGAGAUAUUACAUAAAUUCCGUCAGAUUAGCGCGCUUUAAGAGUAGUGCGUAACAGAUAGGUGUCGAGUGGAAAUGAGGCAAUUAAAAUGCCCAACUGUCUCUAGAAUGAAAUAGUGCGGUAGAUGUAUCCAUUUUCAAAUGUGUGUGUUAAAUUUAACAUAUUACUUUCUGUUUGACACUGAUUAAUUUUUGUCAACGUUAAGUCAAUCGUGAUCGAUGUUAAUGCAUAAGCAAACGAGAAGUGAAAGUAAGAGAGUCCUUUUUUAAAUUUUCGAGUAAAUCCUUUCGAAAAUUCGGUAUGAAUGUAGGCGAAGAUGCAUCAUUUGUCACUCUAUUCCUGAACCGGGUUGAAAGUGUGGAUUUUUCUAAAACUUUGCCCACUGACAGCAAAUGACUGGGAAUCAACACUUUUACUUUCUUUAAAUUGUAUACUGUACCCCAAAAAUUAAGAUCAAGUCAUCUACUGUCUCGCAGCCAUCUACGAGGUAGUAAGUAUGGGAGAACAACAUCAAUAUUACCGGUUAGUUGUCUCACUCUGAACCUUAAGGAACUGUAAGCAAAUAAAAUACUUUUUCAUACUAACAUGAGUAGAUUAAGGUCAUCUUCUCAGCAUCGUUUGUGCUAGUCGGAAACGCCACCCUCUUCCUUUUUGAUGUCAGUUUCUCCUGAGGUUUUGGUAUGAAUCAAUAGCUCUUCUGCACUAAGUUUUAUAUUGUAUAUCUUGUUGCAAUACAUCAUUUCUACAAAGACCAUAAUACAAAUAAAUCAGGCAGCCAAAGCUUCCGUAUUUGUGGCCAAAUAUCUUCAUGUUUCACUACACUGUUAUGACUUAACCAGCAAGGUAAAUUCUGAGGUUCCGUUCACAAGCUGAUAAGUUAUUUAGAGAGCGUAAUAAUAGGUGGUUGGUCGAAGAAUAUUCAACAAAUACAUAAGGUUAUGAAGUUCCUAAAUAAAUAGAUAAGUAUGAAAACGUUAAACCAUUGUAUGCCGAUAAAUUUGCGAUAUGGGAAUUUCGGCGAGACUAAUUUAUGGACGAGUCAACCAGAAGCGUUUUAGAGAUUUCAAGGUUACAGCUCCAACUUCAGUGCUUUAUACUAACGUACGAUCGGUUCACAGGGCAUUUUGUACAAAGCGUGACAAUUGAGCGGUUAUGUGCAUCGUGUCGUUAUUCACAAGUAGCAUUUUGUGCACUCAACAACCGGAGUGCACAUAAACAAUAUUGAAGCUAUGUGGUCGAGGCUGAAAGAGUUUUUGAGACUUCCUCAUGGCUCCAGAGGCCGACUAUUCUGUAGCCAUAUGGAUGAUUUCCUCUACUGCAUGCAUUACGAAAUUAGAUCCUUUGAACCUCUUUCUAACCUUGACAAGUUUUUGAACCACGUAUAAGAAGUGUAUCCACUUUUUUUCCUCGGUUUUGUAUAACUCAUUUUUACUCUAUACUGACUGUUUGCUUACUGGCUAAUCUUUCUCAAGAUCACUUAAGAUUCGUUCAAAGGUCGUCCAUAAAUUAGAUUCUCGCCGGAAUUCCUAAAUUGCUAGAAAAUAAACUAGGAGGGAUCCAAAAUACUUCAGGGUAGUAUGGGUUUCCUGUGAUCAUAUGUAUUCAAACAACAUUCAUCGGUUCAGCAAGUUAUCUCUGCUUCAGGCAAAAAUUAUGAAGGAUUAUGGAGUUCCAUAAAAAAAUGAUAAUUUGACCUCAAAUAUCAUAAAGACUUGGGAUCUGAUAUAAGGGAUUAGACCAAGAGCACAGGAACGUGACCCACUGUGGUUAGUGAGAGAAAAAAAACAUACAUUUUGGUAAUUAUUUAUGUAUUUAUAUCAGUGUCAUUGGAAGUUUGAUGUAUUCAUGGGCGGCCAAUAAUUAUCUAAGACGUGUGGCUAGAUAGUAUAUGUUUCAUGAAAAAUUGCCCCGAGAUUAACUGAGAGUUCCAGAAAUAGUUGAUAACCCUCCUUCUAGUCUAGAAACAGGAUGAUUAGUCAUUUAAACUUGGUGAUAGUAUCAUAAUGAGGGAUAAGAAAUAGGAGCCUGUUCCAAAUUAAAAUAUACCGUACUAUAAAGAACUUACAAUUUACUGGUUUUUGAUGUUUUACGGUUAUAGUAUAUACGUUGUUUAUAAGUCUGCUAGGAGGGUUCUGAAUCAUCAUUGGGCGGGAAGUUAAGAAGGAAAGGCUAUGUAUUAUUUUGUAGAAAAUAUUAGGUUGCUCACUAGCUGACGGCUUCAUAAAGGUUCCGAGGAUAGAUAUUUACACCUAGUUGUGUCUUCGAUGGUGGAGUCGUAUCCCGUCUAUAUUUUGAAAUGGUAAGAGAGAUAUGUUCUGCCAAUGUCAGCCUCGAGUCUUCACAGCGAUCUCUGUGUAGUUAGUAUGUAGUUCACAUGUUGAGUUGAGCAUCUGAGCUUUACAUUUGUUUAGGUAAAGUGGUAUUCUAGAGUGACGUUCCUGAUAUAGCGGAAGGUUGUGUUUUUUCUUUCAGGUAUACUACUAUAAUCCGUUAAUACGAUAAUGAGACUAGUCACGUUAUAUCAGCUCCAGAAUUCACGACCCCGAAUAAAGAACCAGAUUAACACUAGGUAGUACUUUAUUCAUUCCAGUGGAAGUCGUCAACUGGUAUCUCAUACGAUAUCCAUGGGCUUUUUUCCAAAACAGUGUAUCUUAGACCGUGAUCAUCAAUAAAUUAUCAGUCAUGCGAAUUCUUAUGAAAACUUCCUGGACAUUGAUAUCUUCUGGUAUAUGACCAAAUACGAGUAUUCCAUUUUUCACAGGCAAAUAUUUGGGUUCAAGUAACCCAUUUGAAGUACUGUAAAGAUCCAAUCUAUCUUUGGACCUGUUAAUAAAAAUUGCUGAUAGUACGUGUUAUGGUAGAAAGUUCCUGUAACUCUCGAUUCUGUGUGAGAAGCGAAAUUGCAUACAUGGAUGAUUUUACCUCAGUUCCUUAACUUUAUGAGAGUACUCUCUUUAAUGGUCAGGUCUAGAUGGAAGAAAAAAGAUACGACAUAUUAAUACCAAAAUUCAACAAUUAAAAAUGCAUCAUACAAGAGGGUAGUUUUACCUUGGUUUACAGUCUUUUUACAACCUGAGUAGCAAAGCCUAGUCCUGUGGCGCAACCACAUAGAUACCAAGGAACUUGAUGGACCAAUGGGAAUUCUGCGCAACCUCGGUUACAUCGGGAAGUUUGAUCAGUUUUCAUUGGUGUUAUUUUCAUCUAGAAUGGAUGUGUAUUACAUUGUCGAAGUUUUAGAAAUAAUUCUACUUCAAGAUAGUAACCUAUUUUUGGUUUCGUUGUAGAAAAGCUGACAGUUAACUUCCCUUAGAACUCGGUCCCUGUCUGUAAAGCUAUUGUUGCUUAAAAUUUUUAAAAAAGUUCAAUUAUGAAAAUUCGUAGUGGGUUGGUUUUGACAGCUUUAGCAUCUCAAAUAUCAUCGGCAUUUGAUGAAUCAUCACAAAAAUAUAGGCUUCGUCAACAUCAAUAUCAUCAGCAGGAUUCAUCGCAUAUUACAGAAUACAUUUGUCGUGCACAAAAAAUGGUGUACAGGUUUAAGGAAAAGGUGGGUUGUCCUGGUAUGUCUGUCUGUGUUUCAUUAUCAGGGAAGAUUAUUUAUCAAGAAGGUGUUGGAUAUGCCAAUGUUGAGCAUAUGGUACCAGUAAAUGAAAAUACAGUAUUUCGAAUAGCGAGUAUUAGUAAGCCGUUUACUUCAUUAUUGGUUGGAAGAUUAUUGGAUCAACACAAGUUAGAUCUUGACGAAGAUAUCCGAUCCUAUUUACCUGAGUUUCCGGAGAAAACAGUCAGUGGAACUUAUGCAAAAAUAACUGUUCGAUCAUUGCUCAACCAUACCAGUGGUAUUCGUAGUUACAAAAAAAUUUCAGAUGAAAAUAAACAAUCAGCGUAUCCAGAAAUGUUAAAUACUGUUCGUUUUAACGAUACAUUAAAUGCUUGUGAUAUGUUUAAAAAUGAUACAUUAGUUCAUGAACCUGGUAUUGAAUACACCUAUAGUACAUUUGCAUUCACUUUAUUAUCAGCAGUUAUUGAAAAAAUUUGUUUAAACAAAGGUAGUUUAUUUGAUCAACCAUUAGCAACAGUUAAAGGUGAAUCAAAAUCAUCUUGUGAAAACGAAGCAAAAUCUACAAAUAGUUUACCGAAAUGGGCAAGAUUUGAUACCAAUCUUUUAAGGCUUUUUCAAUACCUCAAUUUGAAUAAUACCUGUUUAGAGUAUCCUGAGAAGAUAAUUUCUUCAAGAGCUGCCCAGUAUUGUCGUUCCGAUAAAGGCAUACUUACAAACACUCCCACAAUUGAUAAUUCAUAUAAAUGGGCUGGUGGAGGUAUUCUUUCUACAGCUAGUGAUCUAAUUCGCUUAGCUGAUCAUCUAGCAUUUAUUUAUAUGGGUUGGCUUGAAUCAUAUGGAAUUGUUAAACAGUCUACUUUGAAUCAAUUAUUAUGGAAAGUUUCUUGUGUACCACCAGAUCGAAGUACAUUACCUGGACUGGGUUGGUUUUUAGCCAGACGUUCAGGUGAUCCAGCAACUAAAGAAAAUGGAUACCCGGACCGAUUAUAUGCUUUGCAUACAGGUGGUGCAGUGGGUGGUACAACUGUUCUUCUUCUUAGUCUCCCUUUGUUAUGUAAUAAUGAUAAUAUUUCUAAUAAGACAAAUGAAGGAAACACUUUUUCUACUACGGAUAAUAAUCAUAAUUUCAUUUCAUCUGUACAAAAUAACACUGUGAUAAUAUCUCCAGUGAAUAAAAUAUAUCCAGUAGAUGUUCGAAUAAAAGCAGCCAAUAUUCCGCCAAUUAAUGUGGCUAUUUUAACUAAUUUAGAAAAUGUUUCUGGUAUAUCAGAACUAGCUAUACAUUUAUCGGAAUUAUUUUUGGAUUAUGCUAUAAAAUUAAAAGAAUAUGAAGAUGAUGAAGAAAUAGAGAAAUGUUGAUUCAAGGAGUAUUGAUCAAUUUGAAUAUUAUUUUUUUUUGCUCUCUUUUUGUUUGUUACCUUGUAGUUUUGAUUAUAUUAUCUUUCCUAUUGAAAGGUUUACUGGAUCAUAAUAACAAUAUCUAUGCGUGAUUUGAUAAUAAGUAACAUUUUCUUAUGCAAUUCGAUAAAUUGAAAGAAAAGACAUUUAUCAAUAUCUGACUAAACUAUUUAUUUCUGUACAAAGAAUGAAUAAGACAGUUCACUUGAUGUCAAUAUCCGAAUUUUGUUUGGUCUUCGGGAAUUCUUUUUUGUAAUAGUGAAUGUUUAUUGUCAUAUUAACAUUCGAAAUUCCAUUUAAUUCAUAGAUUUUUCUUCAUUUUUUAAAAUAAUUGCAAAUAUUUUGAAAACAAUCGUUUCUGUAUAAUAAAAGGAUACUCGUAAAAUACAAGUAGUUGAUCACAGAUGUUUUAGAGAUAUUGCUCGCAUCUGCUGGGAUCACCGGGUACGUAAUUGUGAGGUUAGACGCAGGGUAUUAGAGAAUGAUGGUAAAUCAGUUGAUGAUGUAAAUCUUCAUCGACUGAGAUGGUUGAGUCAUGUAUUACACAUCUUCAACCGCCGACUGCCGUACUGCGCAAUGCUGAUUAGUGUUGUAGAUGGAUGGGAGAAAGUUAUGGGGGCCAAACCAAAAUGUGGCAUCAGUUCAUAAAGUCACUAACUUCUGGUCUGAGCCAUGUUGGUAGAUGCAGACUACUUGGUUGGGGGCCGCAUAACUAUCGUAACUAGUUGUUGGAGACUGGGUGAUAAGGCUCAGAAUCGAUCGCAAUGGAACAUGUGUAUACACUUUUUGUCUUCAUUUAAACUGUGAAAUUAAAAUUACUUUAUACCUUUUUAAGAACUGAUUGUUUCUCUGGGUAUCUUAUCCUUAUAUACAAUCUUUCUAUUAUAUAUUACCACCAUUGAAUUAACUACUUCUAUGAAUUCGGUGUUCAUCUUGCUGUGCUGAUGAGGUAUGGCAACUUGGACCGAUGCAUAUGCGUGCCUGGUCCUACGUUGUAGAUGUCUGAGUGACUGAAAUAAUAUCUAAAUAACAUGUUUAAAUGUACUAACUGUAUCAACAAUGUUACUCAUAAAACGUUUAGCAGAUAUACAAACUAUGAAGAUGAUAAAUACUUACGUACAUAUUUUAAAGAUCUAGUCUAAUACUUCUUGGUUUAUGUCAAUUUAAAGUAGUAACAACCUUUAAGAUUAAUUUGUCACAGAUCUCUUGAUUAAAUUAAUGCAUUUUAAGCCAAACAGAGUGCAGUGAAUUAUUGUUCACAAUUUACAUAAGAACUACUUUCUUGUUAACAAGAUUCCAACGUUUGACAAUCUGCAGUGAGCUCUUUCAGAUCUCAUCUUCAUAAUGGUUACCAUCUCAAAAAUGAUACAUAAAUAAAUUGCUGUCAAGUAGUAGUAAUUGGGCAGCUUUAUUUUUAUUCUGAUAAUUUCUCUAUAGUGUCACAUAAAAAUUUGUUCG